AUGCCAGCACUGAGUAUGCCAGCACGGAGUAUGCCAGCACGGAGUAUGCAGGCACGGAGUAUGCCAGCACCGAGUAUGCCAGCACCAAGUAUGCCAGCACCGAGUAUGCCAGCACAGAGUAUGCCAGCAUGGAGUAUUCCAGCAUGGAGUAUGCCAGCACGGAGUAUGCCAGCACAGAGUAUGCCAGCACCGAGUAUGCCCGCACGGAGUAUGCAUGAGUAUGCCAGCACGGAGUAUGCCAGCACGGAGUAUGCCAGCACUGAGUAUGCCAGCACCGAGUAUGCCAGCACCGAGUAUGCCAGCACAGAGUAUGCCAGCAUCGAGUAUGCCAGCACCGAGUAUACCAGCACCGAGUAUGCAAGCACCGAGUAUGCCAGCACCGACACGGAGUAUGCCAGCACGGAGUAUGCCAGCACCAAGUAUGCCAGCACCCAGUAUGCCAGCACCGAGUACGCCAGCACCGAGUAUGCCAGCACCAAGUAUGUCAGUAUGCCAGCACAGAGUAUGCCAGCACCCAGUAUGCCAGCACCAAGUAUGCCAGCACCAAGUAUGUCAGCACGGAGUAUGCCAGUAUGCCAGCACGGAGUAUGCCAGCAACGAGUAUGCCAGCACCAAGUAUGUCAGUAUGCCAGCACCGAGUAUGCCAGCACCGAGUAUGCCAGCACCGAGUAUGCAAGCACCAAGUAUGCCAGCAUGGAGUAUGCCAGCACCGAGUAUGCCAGCACGGAGUAUGCCAGCACGGAGUAUUCCAGCACGGAGUAUGCCAGCACAGAGUAUGCCAGCACAGAGUAUGCCAGCACAGAGUAUGCCAGCACCGAGUAUGCCAGCACCGAGUAUGCCAGCACGGAGUAUGCCAGCACGGAGUAUGCCAGCAUCGAGUAUGCCAGCACCGAGUAUGUCAGCACCGAGUAUGCCAGCACCGAGUAUGCAAGCACCGAGUAUGCCUGCACCGAGUAUGCCUGCACCGAGUAUGCCAGCACCGAGUAUGCAAGCACCGAGUAUGCCAGCACCGAGUAUGCAAGCACCGAGUAUGCCUGCACCGAGUAUGCCAGCACCGAGUAUGCCAGCACCGAGUAUGCCAGCACGGAGUAUGCCAGCACCGAGUAUGCCAGCACCAAGUAUGCCAGCACCAAGUAUGCCAGCACCCAGUAUGCCAGCACUGAGUAUGCCAGCACCGAGUAUGCCAGCACCAAGUAUGUCAGUAUGCCAGCACAGAGUAUGCCAGCACCCAGUAUGCCAGCACCAAGUAUGCCAGCACCAAGUAUGUCAGUAUGCCAGCACCAAGUAUGUCAGCACGGAGUAUGCCAGUACUCCAGCACCGAGUAUGCCAGCAGCAUCACGUUAUGUCGUCAUGUCAAAGUCACCAAUUGUAACAACCUGUCCGUCAACUUCGACCAUGACAUCCAAGUUGUCCAUGGAGUCAACGCCAACCAAACAAGUACCAGUCAACCGGCCGACAUUGCCAGCCAAGACCGUAACCAAGAGUGGCCGAGUUGUCGUUAA